UCAGUUGACUGUAGCUUUGCGGAUACGGUACAGCGCGGCGGUAGCGGCAGUCGGGCAGUUUAUUACGUUGUUGACGCACUUGGGUUUGGCGGUGAACUAGAUUUCUCAACGCCUAACCGGUCGUCUACUGUGUCCUGUGCGUGUUAUAAUAAAUAUUUAACAACAAGAACUGUGUAGCAAUUUCAUCAUGGCCACAGAAGUAACGAACAACGUUCCCGAAAACACAGAAAAAGAAAAGGAGCUUAAGGAGGACGCACCGGUGGAUAAUGGAAAAGAUGAGGCGCCGGCAUCUGCUGAGAAGGCCGAAGAGAAAACGGAAGAAAAGAAAGUUGAGCCAGCUCAGCAGAAAUUAACUGUCCACAAAAUUAAUUUUGAGAAAGACAUCGUUUAUUUGUACCAGUUCUCGAGAACUCCUUUGUUGCCGUCGAUAUCCCCUUACUGCUUGAAAGUUGAAACAUGGCUCCGUCUCGCCGGGAUCAAGUAUGAGAACGUCGAUCACAAGGCCAAAUUCCGGUCCAAAAAAGGCCAGCUGCCAUUUGUAGAGCUGAAUGGCGAAGAAAUUGCCGACAGUGCAUUCGUUAUCAAGGAGCUUUCAGAAAAAUAUAAUAAGGAUUUUGAUGCAGCCCUGACGCCGGAGCAACGAGUGGUAGCACACGCGAUGAUCUCCAUGAUCGAGAACCACCUGUCAUGGGUGAUUCUGUGGUGGCGCGCCAAGUAUCCGGACAGUGUUAUCAAGGGCUACCAAGUGAAUCUCCAAAAUGCCCUAAACACUCGUCUGCCGAAUCCCAUUCUCAAUUUUUGCUACAAGCUUACAUCUGGACGUAAGGGCAUGAAGAAAGCAAAAGCUCACGGUAUUGGCGUACAUAGUCAAGAUGAAAUUUUGGAAUUCGGCAAAAACGACCUGCGUGUGCUUUCGGAUCUGCUCUCUGAUAGGCCAUUCUUCUUUGGUGAUGAGCCUACACUUUUGGACGUAGUGGCGUUCUCAAAUCUCGCACAACUGCAUUUCAUCGACAAGGAUGUAGCCCACCCCCUGCGAGACGCGAUGAAUGAAUCGUUCCCGAACCUCAUCGGGCUGGUCUCCCGCAUCAAGGAGCGCGCGUUCCACGACUGGGAUGACAUAUGUACUACGCUCGACCUCAAUGCACACCUUCCUAAGCCUGUCAAAGAGGUCAAAGAAACCAAGGAAGGCACCGGCCCAGCUGAAAAACAGCCACUUCCGGAUGAACCAGAAAAGGGCAAGGGCGAUGAAAAAGAAAAAGAGCUGGAGAAAGAGCCAGAAGAUAAGAAGGAGAAAGACAACGAAAAGGAAAAGUAAACACGCAGUAAUGACACGGCGCUCGAACUUGAUAACCAAGUUACACUAACAUACAAGUUGAAUUAUACACUUAAGAGUCAGACUCGUAAUAGAUUCUGUAAAUUAUAAGCGUGUAAAUCCAUUUGUCUUUCCCAUUUCUUUCAGUUGUGGAUGCAAAUGCGUCCGUUACAUUUAUUGUGCUUUUUUUUCUAUUAAUUGUCAUUUAACGUAUAAUAUAAGUUCACUCGAUGUCGUGUCGUAAGUGAUCUAUUGUAACGAUAAAUUAAUAAGAUGACGUAGAAGGACUAUCUGUCGUCUUGAUUAAUAUAAUUCAUAUAAUUGUAAAAUUGAUUGUAUUAUGAUUCCGUUGAAAUGCUUGGUAGAAUAUAAUUUUCUUGAAAUGUAUCUUUUAUGUUAAAAUUUGUGAAAUGAUUAAAUUAAUAUCUGAUAAGGUAAUUUGGUUGUUAGGGUACUUACAGGAUUAGGUAAUCGUUUAUUCAAAUGAAGUUAUAGCAUAAAUAGGCGUAUGUAAAUGUUUACAUUCAUAUAACAUAAUUGUCAUGUCAUGUAUAGAAAAUUACUCCUUUCAAUUUGAUAUUUCAUGAUGUAAUUCCACGAUAUAAAUUAGUGUUAUUUAGGGAGCGUACAUGACUUUCAUAUUAUUACUAUUGAGAAUAGAACUAUUGUACUAUUUACGUCUAUCUUACGACUACGGGCAAUUGAUACAUGACUUAUAUUAGCGCCCUACUAAAUUGUGAAAUAUUGAAUGCUACAAAAUAUUAAGUGUAGGUAUAAUCAAAACCAAAAAUUGGCUGAUGUUUAGUAGAUAAUUGAAAGUAUUAUGCAUUCGGAAAUUUUGAGGCUCGUAUACAUGUAACAUGAACAGAGUUGGCGUGAAAGGUAAGAAUGUUUUGAGAUUCUUGUAUUUUAUUGGUUUUUACAAAAGAAAUUUACAAUUUACAAAUUUUUGAUAAACGAGAAAGCCUGGAAGACUGUUUUUUCAUGUUAUUAUGUAAUUCAUAGUCCAUAAAAUUUUGAUAUUGUAUUGUUAAGAUUUAGAAACGAAUGUACUCAAAUUUUGUAAGUACGAAAUUAAUAUCUCAAUUUAGUGUGUUUAUUACAUUACAAGUCUAUCGCUACAUGUAUGUCUCUAGUAAAAUUUACGUCUUCAAGGUUUUUCGGCAUUGCAUUCCGUGUUGUGUAAGAGUAGAAAUAACUAUGGUUUAAAUGUUUAUCAACAUAGUAACUCAUAGUUCUAUAGAUUAUGUUUAUUUUCACACCGUUUGAGCUCAAAUAUACAUUAUUUACCAAAUACUCAACUAAGACUGCUUUCGAGUCAAUAUUCUCGGAAAUUUGUUAAAAAGUUUGACUGAUUAAUUAGAAUAACGAGUCAUUUUCAUCGAUUAUUAAAUUGUUUGCGGCGUUGGUCACUGAAACAGGCUUAGUAUAACAUUUUAGCGACUAUCACUAAAAUAUAUUCCAAUUUCGUGCAUUACUUGAAUAGAUUAACUCCAUCUCACCUGUCCAGUUGUGGCUCCGUAGAACUAUAUUUAAGCAUUUACUUUUGUUUCUCUAUUUAAAUGUCUGAAUAUAAGAGCUUUACAUUAUAACAAAUUUAGAAAUCGUCAAACUAAUCUGUUAUUUUAUGAGUCAGCAUUUCAUAUUGUCUUAUUUGGGUUUUGCCCAACAUUUCUACAAUUGAUUAAUAUUAGAAUAUUAUAACUAUAAGCCUAGAGAUCUGAAAAUAUAACAUAUUAAUAUCAUUUAAAUGAUAAAUUAUCCUAAGGUAAAUAAAUAUACAUAGGUGUACGUAACCGUGAACCGUGUUACGUUUUGUUAGUAUAAGGCAUGUGUAGGACGAUGCGGUGGAGAAAAUAAGGUUCGCUCCGCUCGUAGGUGUAACCAUUUAUUAAAUAAAAUAGAGCAGAAUUUUAUUUGACGUAAGACUUUAAUUUCUCGUUCUUGGGGUAAGGUUGACUCGGUCCCUCCCGACAACUGCUGACCAUCACUGCCAUUAGUCUCAGCUAUAAGGAUUUAAGAAUAAGAAAGUAAAAUAGUUUAGGAAAUGAGGUUGUACUCCAAAGCGGGCAUUAAUUCGUCGCCUCGCUCAGAGCCUCACUUCGUAUAUACGUUUCAAUGUUGCAUUACCAAUUCAAUAGUUAUAGAUGUAAAAAUGUUCCAAGCCAUCCAUUCGAGAGCCUGUUUCAGUGUAAUGCUACAUCAUGUCGGGGACAAUCUCACUUACUGAUUAUAAAUACUAUAUAAUUAACGCACACCUCUGACACCUCAAAUUUGAACUUUACUAUGAUGUGGUUAUCACGUAGUCUUACUCGGGGAACGUACGCGUCCCGCGUAACGUGACCCGACGUGACGUGAGUGUGUAGCGGCGUAUGUGAGAUACUUGCAGGCGGCACCCUUAGCGGUAGUGUACGUACAUGUGUAAGACUAGACAUAAAACAAUAAUCUCUUGAUCACUUUCGACCCUUCUUACGUAACAUAAUUGUUAUGUUGGGACAGUAAAUACUUAAUCGUAUAAGAUAACGUUUAGUCCAUAUUUAUGUCAUCAUUUUCAAAAAAUUAUAAUCAUAUAUCAUAUGAUUCGUAUUUAGGACUCUUGUCUUUAUUGUCUCACUCCAUAGUGUGUAAUUGAUAUGGUACUUUUACUUAACAUGAUUUAUUCUGAUUCAAUUUGUAUUGUUGUAAGUUAGGUCUAUUAUACAAAUUAAUCAUAAUUACUGUAAUAGUAGUAAAAUAGGUAUAUUUCAUCCAAGUAUGUUUCACCCAAGUAUGUUUAUGUUAUUAUAGUAAUGUAGGAAACAAUUAAUCUACUUUUGAGUUACAUAUAUAGUUACGUUUUCAUUAUAUAAUCAUAUAACUCAUCCGCAUGUAGUAAUUGUGGUUUUCAAUUAAUGUGUCAAUAAUGUUAAAGCUAAGUAAUAUUCGAUUAGAUAGUAAUGGUUCGCCAUAAUUAUACCAAUAUACACAACUGAGCUUUCAGUGGACACAAUGUUCUUGUAAGGAUUUCAAUGUAAUAUUCUGUCGCCAUUAAAGUAUAUAUCUACCAAAUGAAUAA